GCGCCCAGACAAUUUAAAGCCAAUUUAGGGGCACCGCAAUGUGACCUGUCCUGCGAGGGUCGGCCAAUCUCCUGGCACCGGGAAACCGCGGGACUUUCCUCCUAGGGACCCUUCGGAUGAAAACCCGUUGUACCAGGCGAUCUCCCACCGGGACACUACGUGUGUGCGCUGCGUGUGUGCGCUGGGGUGAGUCGUGGCGCUUGCGGAGUUGCUCCACGGCCGCGGCACCACAAUAGCAUGGUGGUCACACAUGCUUGCACUAUCCACGAGAAUCACCUCCGCUUGCCUUCCGAGAGGGCGAGGUCCAGGUGAUUCGGUCUGACGUGAGCGCAUGCAUGGUACCAUCACCGUUGGUCGAGUUGACAUGGCGACUGCUGUUGUGUGUGCAGCGGUUCUGUGUGAAGGAAUGCAGUAUCUCAAGUACGUAGUGUGCUCGCUCAUUGUGGUCACCACGCUCAUCGUCCUCCUCUUCAUGAUGACGAUCCUGCAAGAGCACAAGACGAGGUUGAGCAUGGUUGGAAUCGAUUGGACCAUCUACAGAAGUGCGCUCGGAGGGAAUGGCGCCGCGCGCCCUGCCGGAGACGAGGAGCAGGUCCGCCAGCGGCUCAAGCCCAACGUGCAGAUGCUGCUGCUGUCGUCGUCAUCGCCCGGCAAUUCGUGCGUGUGCGAGAGGCGGAACGCCCUGCAGCUGCACACCGACUACCCGCCCGCGGAGCUGGAGGCCAUCAGGCUUCGACGCCAGCUCCAAUUCCAGGAGUUCAUGCAGAGACGAGACUCCCAGCAAAGCCAGGUGCUGGUGGCGGAGCCCAACUUGCCCCUCGCCUACCCCACUCGGGGCGUGGAGGUGCGGCCUCAGCAGAGCACCCUAAUCCCGGGCCUGGGGUUGUACACCGCCUCCCGAGACACGUACGAGGUGACGCUGUGGGCCCAGCUCGGCGUGUUCGACACGGUGUCCGAGGUGGAGGGGGUGGAGGUGCAGGGACUUCAGACGCAGCGCCUCUCGCUCAGCAGCCGUCACCUGCCCAGCCUCAAUGUGCAGCUGCGAGCGGUCACCUACACCAACACGGCAUACUUGCCCGGCACGUCCGAGAUGGUGCUCAUGAAGAGUGGGAGCCACAAAGCAGAGAUCCCGAUCCGCGUGGCGCACCCCGAGAUUCCACGCCUCUACGACAGCGGCGCGGAUGGUGACAUCGGCAACCUCGUCACGGUGGUGACCAAAACUUUCCUGCGCUACGACAAGCUGAGGGGACUCAUCCGAAGCAUCCGCCAAUUCUACCCCACCGUCACCGUCAUCGUGGCGGACGACUCAGACCACCCCGAGAUGCUGCAGGAGUCGCGCGUGGAGCAGUACAUCAUGCCCUUCGGAAAGGGCUGGUUCGCCGGGAGGAACUUGGCGAUCUCCCAGGUGACCACCAAGUAUCUGCUGUGGGUGGACGAUGACUUCCUGUUCACGGAGAGCACGAGCUUGGAGCGCAUGGUGGAGGUGCUGGACAAGACGCUGUUCGACGUCGUGGGUGGCAAAGUCGCCAACAACGCGUUCCAGCACAAGCUGAAGGUGGUGGCGGGCAGCCCCGAGGAGGGAGACUGCCUCUUCCGCCUCUCGGGCUCCUACCAGCAGCUCGACGGCUUCCCCAGCUGCGCCAUCGUCGACGUCGUGGUCAACUUCUUCAUGGCGCGCACCACGAGCGUGCGCGCUGUGGGGUUCGACCCCCAGUUCAACCGCGUGGGCCACACGGAGUUUUUUAUCGACGGGCUGGGCAAGCUGCGCGUGGCCACGUGCAGCGACGUCUCCAUCGGUCACGCAGCCAAGUUGCCCGGAACCCAGAAGCAGUACAACAAGUUCCGCCAAGCGCCGGACGCCCACAGUCGCACGGUGCGCGCUCUCUUCUUCAAGAAUCACCUCAAGUGUUACCAGAUGUAGUCACGUCUUCACUGCUGGCAGCACUGGAUGUUCGGAAUCCAAAGAUGGGGUCGCUGCCUUAUUAGCCACAGGGGACCGAUCCCAAGGUCAAUGCAAUUCCACCAGAUCUCGGUACAAAUCAAAUCCGAACAUGUCGAUUCCCAGGACUGUCUGGGUCAAACCCAGUGAGGUUCUUGGCUACCCUAUAGCCAAGAACCUCACAUGGUUGGUGGGACUUGAAUUGUACAGAGACCUGGUGCCGGCAUCGUGUUGUGUUGGAACUCCGUUGCAGUGCACGGCAUAGACUUGGGCUGAGAGACACGUUUGGGUUUGGUCUGCAGUGGAAAAGGUGGCCAGGCCUAGGGUGCACAUGGGGCUGGUGCCGGCAUCGUGUUGUGUUGGAACUCCGUUGCAGUGCACGGCAUAGACUUGGGCUGAGAGACACGUUUGGGUUUGGUCUGCAGUGGAAAAGGUGGCCAGGCCUAGGGUGCACAUGGGGCUUAGGUCAGGGCCAGAUUAAGGUCCUUCUACCGCCGCUGUCAUUCGCUUGUUUCACGCCUACUUCAUCCUACCGCUGGACAGAUGUCGUUACUGCUGAUACGUUCAUUAUUUAGUCCGUGCCGUCAUUCAAUGGGGGUCUGCCGUGUGACGCAGAUUGGCAUAUCUAAUUUGAAAUGAUUGAAAAAAAAAGCAAGGUAAACCUAAAAAUAGUGAGCGAAAAAUGUUCAAUGAUGUUUUACUAUCAUUAUCAUCAGAUGACGCAGCUUUAAAAGAAUACUGUUCAUUUUCAUCAAUAUCAGUGUGUUGUAUAUGUGGGUUAUGAAAAUUUGAUGAAAAUAAUAAAAAGUAAAUGAUUUUUUAAUUUGCAUAAAU